UUAGGGGGAAGUGGGACCGUAUGGUCCGUAUAUAAGCCGGCGAGAGAAGUAGAGGUCGCCGGUUGAUUGCUGACUGAGCCAAGAAAAAACAGGGACCCUCUCCAUAUUCAAAUUCAUAUGCCAACACGUUUUUGACCUUUUCUUCUCCACCUUCCUUCUAUAACAGUCUCCCAACUCGUAUACACAUCUCCAUAUAACCGCCCCGAUUCCUCCGUUCUUUCUCUCUCUCUCUAACCAGAUUUCUUUGUUUUCUUCGUUUGGGUUUUUGUCGUCUCUCUCUUCUUUAUGAUUUUGUAUUCUUAGCAUUUCAAAUAACUCCUGUGAGAUACUUCCGUUUCCACCAGAGAAAUGGAUGUAUCCGCGGAAGGAGACCACGUGAAUCUCAUUUCUAACGCCGAUGACGGAAGCAAAACUAAACUAGGAGGUGAACGGGCGGAGGAAAUUGUGCUCAACCCCCAGAACGGUGGAAAAAUUCAAUCGGAAUUUGCAGUUUCCGGAGCAGAAGAAUGUCCCGGAGGAAGUCCAAUAAAGGGCGAGAAAAUCCUCAACGGAGACUUCAAAUCUACUCACGAAGAGGAGGAGGAGGAGGAGGCGAUUUGCAGAAGAUACGCUCAAGAAAAAAUCUCAUAUCCCGUUGAUUUAAAUUGCGAUGAUUUCGGAGAACACAAAAAUAAAGUGAGUUGUUCGUUGGAUGAAUCCGGUGACGUAAUUGCAUCUCCGGAAUUCUCAGAAAUCGAGCUUGAGAAGAGAGAAGUUUGCGUUGAAGACCGCAGCAGCGAACCGCCGAUGAUCGGAAAACAAAGUGAAAUUCAAGAAAAUCCUCUCGAAAAUGACGUUUCGAGUGAAAAUACAGCCGUUGAAAACAACGGCGACGUACAAGUUAUUCGUCCUCAUUCGCAGCUUCCGAAGCCAGAGGCACCGCCAGGUGUGAUGAACUCUCCAAUUUCGGACGACGCCGAUUUUCAUCCAAUAGAUCGAUCGCGGUCCCUACCGGAUAAAUCCUCCAUGGACAUGCCGGCGAUAGGGAAAUUCAUCCGUGAGAAGAGCAACAGCUUCUCGGCGGCGAUCGCGAAGCGCUUGUCGUCUCUGAAAGAGCGAGAAAACAAAGAUUCGAAUUUGCUGUAUCCGAAUGUGACCGAGUUCAACCUCUCGGGACUCAAAGUGAUCGUGGAGCUGAAGAAUGGUGAGGAGAAGGGAGAAGCCGAACUGAAAGGUCGCAUCAGCUUCUUCUCGAGGUCAAAUUGCAGGGAUUGCAGUGCAGUUCGAUCAUUUUUCAGAGAGAGAGGAUUGAGGUUCGUGGAGAUCAACAUCGACGUGUAUCCUGCGAGGGAGAAAGAGUUGAUCGACAGGACUGGAAGCUCAUCGGUGCCUCAGAUAUUCUUCAACGAGAAGCUGUUUGGAGGGUUGGUGGCCUUGAAUUCGAUGAGGAACAGUGGGCUGUUCGAGCAGAGGUUGAAGGAGAUGUUAGGGAGGAAAUGUCCGGAUGAUGCGCCUGCGCAGCCGGUGUACGGCUUCGAUGAUGAUGAUUGCGGGGGUGGUGAUCCCCAAGAGGAACGGACGGACGAGAUGGUUGGGAUCGUUAGGAUUUUGAGGCAGAGGAUGCCCAUUCAGGACCGUCUGAUGAAGAUGAAGAUUGUCAAAAACUGCUUCGCCGGGAGUGAGAUGGUGGAGGUCAUGAUUCAACACUUGGACUGCGCCAGGAUGAAGGCCAUCGAGGUUGGAAGGCAGCUGGCAAGAAAGCAUUUCAUCCAUCAUGUAUUUGGGGAAAAUGAAUUUGAGGAUGGAAACCACUUCUAUCGGUUCCUAGAGCAUGAGCCUUUUAUUCCCAGAUGCUUCAAUUUUCGAGGAUCUAUAAAUGACAAUGAGCCUAAUCCCGCUGCUAUAGUUAGCCAAAGGCUGACCAAGAUAAUGUCUGCAAUACUCGAGUCUUAUGCCUCUGAAGACCGCCUCCAUCUUGAUUAUGUAGGCAUCAGCAACAGUGAGGAAUUUCGGAGAUACAUAAAUUUGGCACAAGAUCUUCACAGGGUCAACAUGUUGGCACUCUCAGCAGAUGAGAAGCUGGCCUUCUUUUUAAAUCUAUACAAUGCCAUGGUCAUCCAUGCUGUGAUUAGGAUAGGACAUCCCGAGGGUGUCAUCGAUGGGAAAUCCUUCUAUUCUGAUUUUCAGUACAUAGUUGGAGGACAUCCCUAUUCCCUUACUACAAUAAAAAAUGGAAUCCUUAGAAGCAACAGGAGACCACCUUAUUCGUUAGUCAAACCCUUUGGUGCUGGUGACAAGCGUUUAGAGCUGGCCUUUCCAAAAGUUAAUCCGCUGAUUCAUUUUGGACUCUGUGAUGGGACAAGAUCAAGCCCAACAGUGAGGUUCUUUACUCCACAAGGGGUUGAAGCUGAACUAAGGCGUGCUGCAAGAGAGUUUUUCCAAAGGGACGGAAUGGAGGUGGAUUUGGCCAAGAGAACUGUCAAACUCAGCCGGAUCAUCAAGUGGUUCAAUGUGGAUUUUGGACAGGAAAAACAAAUCCUAAAGUGGAUCAUGAGUUACUUGGAUGCAACUAGAGCAGGUCUUUUGACUCAUCUUUUGGGUGAUGGGGGGGCCGUUAAUAUUGUUUACCAGAAUUAUGAUUCGUCUGUGAAUUCAUAACUGUCUCACUUAAUUUCGUAGUUCAGAUAUAGAAGUGUGAGGGGUGCCCGCACUGGUGAGACAAUUUUUUGUAUAUAAUAGCAAAAUUUUGAAACUUGAGUUAACCUGCAAAAGAAGAGAGGUUGGAAAAGAAGAAAUGAAUGUUUUUUAGAUGUUCAGAUGUUAUGAAGCAUUGUUUGUUUGGUUGGUUGGUUGUUUGUUUGUUUUUUUUUUUUUUUCCCCUACUUUUUCUUUAUGCUUAUGUAUUAAAGUCAGGCAAUUAAGACACAAGCUUCUCAAAGUAUGAGUCUUAUAAAUUUAGUAAAAUUUCUACU